AUGUAUUUCUCUUCCUGGACGCCACUUGUGGUCUCCCUUCUCACAAUCUCAACCACCGCUAUUCCUGUUCUCGAAGUCAGAAAGAAUGGCGGUGCUACUACCGCUGCCACGAAAGGAGGUCCUGCUUCAGCAAAAGUUACGAUAUACAACCAAUACACCUGUGUUGCACCGAACACUCCUCCGCCCACAGACGGCAGCGCUGGCACCACCAUUUCUUUCGGGGUGACAGAAGCACAAUGCACAAUUCCCAACACUGGGCUACAGUUCGGUGGAGCGUUGACAGCAAGUCUGACUGCAUCGCCCAAGACAGGUACUAUUGGAUGUUACAUUGUUGGUCAUAGUCAGCAAGGUUGUGGUAUUGUGCUGAGCAAUGUAAUGUAUGGAUGGCCAGUGGCAGGCAUCAAUGUUGGAGAUUCGCUCGGCUGCGGUAACGCACCAUCUGGAACCUCGUGGUCUGCCUUCGAGAUCAUCUGCCAAUAG